AUGCCAGCAACUCAAGUAGCAUCAGACAGGACCGGGCAGACGGCGUCCCCCCGCCGGCCGGACCGGCGCUGUUCCCACGCGACGCAGCGCGGCGACGCCAUGGAGCGAGCGCGGCUGUGCAGGUCACUGCUGGUGUCUGCGCUGCUGGCGGCCGGCGGCCGCACUGCGCCCCGCGAGGAGCACUACGUCAUAGACAACAGCUCGUCUCGGCGCCUGCAGGACCCGAGCAGAGUGCGCUUCGGGGACUUCCCCUUCGUCGUGUUCGUGGAGAGGCGGACUGACACGUUCGUGUGUCUGGGCUCCGUCGUGUCGCAGUUCUGGGUCGUGACGUCGGCGCAGAUGAUAGGCACCGUGGCCGAGUCCGUCAGGAGCGGCGUGCGGGUGCGGGCGGGGUCCCUGGAGCGAGGGCGAGGCGGCGUGCUGCACGACACCGCCAAGGUGGUCACGCACCCGCUCUACGACCAGCCGCACAUGUACGAGAACGACAUCGCGCUCGUCAAGGUGAGGACCUCGUUCACGCACGACAACUACGUGAAGCCCAUCAAGAUGGCGACCCUGGUGGACUCCCUGCCGCCUGGGACUUCCGUGAAGGCUUGUGGCUGGGGCAAGGGGCGCCACGGCGGAGUGAGCCAGUUCCUGCUGCAGACCACGCUGCAGGUGGUGUCCAACAGGAGGUGCGACUCCUCCAGGGGGAUCACCAGUCUGCGCGAGAAGCUGGGUCCGCAGGUGCGGGUCACUGACACCAUGCUCUGCGCCGCCUCCUCCAACAAGGACACCACCACGGGCGACUCAGGAGGACCGCUGUUCCUUCUGCGCGACGAGAAGCCCCUGCUGGUGGGGGUCAUCUCGUGGGGCGAGGGCAUGGGCGACGUCGACACCCCCGGCGUCUACACCAGCAUCGCCAAGUACCGCAAGUGGAUGUUCCUGGAGAUGGCGUCGGAGGGCCUCCUGCACGCCGGUCCGUUCAACGACACAGACGAGCUGGCCUGAGGCUGGAACUCCAUUCGCCGGUCGGCGACGUCGUAGAGUACGCUCUAGUGCUGCACCUUCACGCACCUCCACUGCUGACAUGCCAGUGGCGCCACAAGAGGACCCCAUCGUCUUUAACAUCGACGUGUGUUGGCGAAGUCAUAGAGGACGCUCUAGUGCUGCACCUUCACGUACCUCCACUGCUGACAUGCCAGUGGCGCCACAAGAGGACCCCAUCGUCUUUAACAUCGACGUGUGUUGGCGAAGUCAUAGAGGACGCUCUAGUGCUGCACCUUCACGUACCUCCACUGCUGACAUGCCAGUGGCGCCACAAGAGGACCCCAUCGUCUUUAACAUCGACGUGUGUUGGCGAAGUCAUAGAGGACGCUCUAGUGCUGCACCUUCACGUACCUCCACUGCUGACAUGCCAGUGGCGCCACAAGAGGACCCCAUCGUCUUUAACAUCGACGUGUGUUGGCGAAGUCAUAGAGGACGCUUUAGUGCUGCACCUUCACGUACCUUCACUGCUGACAUGCCAGUGGCGCCACAAGAGGAUCCCAGCGUCUUUAACAUCGACGUGUGUUGGCGAAGUCAUAGAGGACGCUCUAGUGCUGCACCUUCACGUACCUCCACUGCUGACAUGCCAGUGGCGCCACAAGAGGACCCCAGCGUCUUUAACAUCGACGUGUGUUGGCGAAGUCAUAGAGGACGCUUUAGUGCUGCACCUUCACGUACCUCCACUGCUGACAUGCCAGUGGCGCCACAAGAGGCCCCCAGCGUCUUUAACAUCGACGUGUGUUGGCGAUGUCGUAGAGGACGCUCUAGUGCUGCACCUUCACAUACCUCCACUGCUGACAUGCCAGUGGCGCCACAAGAGGACCCCAGCGUCUUUAACAUCGACGUGUGUUGGCGAUGUCGUAGAGGACGCUCUAGUGCUGCACCUUCACAUACCUCCGUCGUAGAGGACGUUUUAGUGCUGCACCUUCACGUACCUCCACUGCUGACAUGCCAGUGGCGCCACAAGAGGAUCCCAGCGUCUUUAACAUCGACGUGUGUUGGCGAUGUCGUAGAGGACGCUCUAGUGCUGCACCUUCACAUACCUCCACUGCUGAAAUGCCAGUGGCGCCACAAGAGGACCCCAGCGUCUUUAACAUCGAUGUGUGUUGACGAUGUCGUAGAGGACGCUCUAGUGCUGCACCUUCACAUACCUCCGUCGUAGAGGACGCUUUAGUGCUGCACCUUCACGUACCUCCACUACUUACAUGUCAGUGGCGCCACAAGAGGAUUCCAGUGUCUUUAACAUCGACGUGUGUUGGCGAUGUCGUAGAGGACGCUCUAGUGCUGCACCUUCACAUACCUCCGUCGUAGAGGACGCUUUAGUGCUGCACCUUCACGUACCUCCACUACUUACAUGCCAGUGGCGCCACAAGAGGAUUCCAGUGUCUUUAACAACAAUGUGUCAUGGACCUCACAGCACUGCUACCACUACCAGUACUGUCGGAAAGGCCAGUGCAUGUUUCCUCAAUUUCUGCCAGAGAAGCCACAAAGAACUGAACUCCGCGUUGUCUUGAACCCAAAACUGUCAGACUGAUUUAAAGUUUCGGUUCCCGCACAUUUUAAAUUCUCGCCGGUAUUUUUUUUUUCCUCCAGCGAUUCUGAAGUGGGCUUUCAAUUUUCAUCUCCACUUACUCUCAGGAACCAUCAGUAGAGCUGCGAUGGACUCUCGCGACUGUAUCACUAUGUUAUCUAGAAGGUGAACUACACUUUAUUUAGUGUAUUUUCACAUUAUCAUGUCAAUGCCAACUAUAAACACCUGACAACAAUGGAGCAGAUGAUUUUGGGUUCCUGUAGCUCCAAUUCACUGUAACUUUGAACCAUGUUUACAUUCUGCAACAACCAUUGUUUGUUGUUGGUUUAUUGUCAAUUUUGCAGAAGAUUUUCUUAGAUCUGUCUUUCUGUAGAUGCUAGAAGCAUAGAUAUGUGACAUCAUGUUGCAAAUUAUAAUUUGUCAACAUUCUA